AUGCCGCUAAUGGGACGUGGCUCCGGAGAACACGUUUGGAGAAGGAGCACUCUGGAUGCUAGUUGGUGCCACAAGAUCACUUCGAUAGAUUGUAUGAGCGGCGUCAAUCGUAUCGCGACCGCACGCGUACCAUAUGCGCGUGACUCAAUUUAUCUCUCCGUAUGGGCUGAUACUAGCCACCUUUUGCAGACAUUCAAUAAUUUCGGAGUGGUCUCAUUGUCUCUCAACCCCACCUAUCCCGAUGACGCCGGCACAUACACCUGUGUACUGUUCAACGCCAAUGGACAGGCACAAAGCUCGGCUGAACUGACCACUAUCCCCAUGCCAACACUCCAGCUGGACACCAAGCACCAGGAUAGCUUGCAGAUCAUCGGAUAUUUGGACAGCCAUCAGGUACACAUCGGUCCUCAAGAAGUUGACCGACCAGAAGAGUUCCAGUCACUGGACAAGCCUAAAUUCGUCCGACCCCUGGCAGCUCGUAUUGAGUGCAUGGAAAAUGAUCCAGUCCACUUCGAGGCUCGCCUACAACCCGCCAACGACGUCAAAAUGACCGUUGAAUGGUACCACAAUGGUGCACCACUGCCUGCUGCCCAUCGUUUCCGUCCGAUGUUCGACUUUGGCUACGUCGCUCUCGACAUCCUCUACGCCUAUCCAGAAGACAGCGGCACAUAUACCCUUGUGGCACGAAAUGAACUCGGAGAAGCACAGUGCAAUUUGGAAUUGGUCGUUGGUAGCGCAAAGACACUCUACCUUGAUCCUCAUCAUCCCGAAGGACUGCAACGAAUUCAGGAAUUGGAACAGGAUCGCCAUAUGGGUCUCCCUGAAGUCGAAGAUCGUACUUGUGACGCUGCUCCUCAGAUCAUUGGCGAUCUUCGUGAUCUUGAGCUCAAUGAACACGACGACAUCCAUGUUGAUGUCAAGGUGACCCCAGUGAACGAUCCAACAAUGAAAGUUGAAUGGUUUGUGAAUGGCCAUCCGUUGAUUACCGGCAGUCGUGUGAAAACGCUCAACGAAUUCGGAUUUAUCGCUUUGGAUGUGAAAGGCGCCAUCGCUGAAGAUUCGGGAACAUACUCCCUCAAAGUCUCAAACGCCCUUGGUGAAGCCAUCCGCCAGUGCAACAUCAACGUUAAACCCGCCAAGGAAGUCGUUCUCGAUACUCACCACGAAGAAUCGCUUGACAAGAUCAACUAUCUGGAGAACCUUGACAAAUAUGGACGACGUGAGAUCGAGGAUCAUGGCCCAGAUAUGGCUCCAGUGUUCGUCGCACCCCUCGAGGCAGAUAUGGGCGAGGUGGGACUAGAUUGA